AAAAAAAAACUCAGGAGAUAUUGGGUAGGUGAGACUUGAGAGAGACAAUUGAGAGGGAUGAAGUCUGGUUUCUCCGGCGGCGAUGAUUCUUUCUGGCCUCAAUCUCCGGGAGAUGGUAUGAACCGAAGUCAAUCUGAGUGGGCGUUGCAGAUGCUUCUCGAAGAGAUAUCUGUCCCCGCGGGAAGCUCCAUCUCCUCAUCUUCAGCGACUGAUAACGUAAUCCUACAAUCAUCUCCGCAGAUUCAAUCUAAUUCGUCCGUUUCUAGACCUGAAGAAGCUUCUUCUGACGUCGUCGUCGAGAUACAAAAGCCGCCGCACAAUGGGAGUGGGAACCGUGAUCCGUCGUCGCGUGUUGAGGAGAUGGAUCCGAACGACUACCAAGCGAUUCUCAAGAGCAAGCUUGAACUCGCCUGUGCUGCCGUUGCGCUUCGUGUGUCUACUGUGAUGUCGGAAGAUUCGAGUGCGUCGUCUGGUAAUCAAAAGCAGGUUUCUCCUGUUGGAUCUCAGACUAAAGGUCCUGUUGUGGCACAAAUGUCGCCUGCUGUUUCAUCUGUUAGUGAUGCUCUCUCAUUAGACGCAGAGCAAAAACGAGAUAUUCAGUUCAAGCAAGUCACGAGUGGUUUAUCACGAGAUGAUUCUGAUGACGAAGAUCUUGAUGGUGACAUAGAGAAUGCUGAUCCUACCGAUGUUAAGCGUGCUAGGAGGAUGCUUUCAAACCGAGAAUCCGCAAGGCGCUCUAGAAGAAGAAAGCAAGAAGAAAUGAAUAAACUUGAUACAGAGGUUGGCCAGUUGCGUGGUGAGCAUUCAACUCUGCUUAAGCGUCUUAGUGACGUGAAUCAGAAGUUUAGUACCGCUGUUGUUGACAACAGAAUCUUGAAAGCUGAUAUCGAAACAUUGAGAACAAAGGUGAAGAUGGCAGAGGAUACUGUGAAAAGAGUGACGGGAAUGAACCCUAUGCUUUUGGCAAAACCAUUCAGGAUACCAUUUGAUAGGACACUUGUGGGUUCUUCACAGCCAAACUUGAAUCAAGUCGGUAUGAUUCCAAAUCAGAGAUUAGAGAACAACAGCUUUGCAAGCAACACUGUUGUUACUCAGGAAGCCAGUGGCAAUGCUUUUGAAACUCUACCGCAUUGGGAUCUGGAAGCAGGGAAAAAUGAAGCACAAGAGUGAAAUAAGCUGGCUUUGUGAUAAGGAUGCAACUUUAACUAAUUGUGGUGGAGCCAAAAAGUGGUGUAGUUAAAUGAUUGCUGGACAAUUUAAUUAUUGGAAACAAUAUCGCCUGGAACAUAUAAAAACUAAAUUUGGAGAAAAUGUUGUGUAGCCUUGUACUUUGGGUAUGAUUAUGACAAGGCUGGUAUAUAUGUUACUUGGAUUAGAGUUUUACUGCUUUCGCUAUCUUAAAACCUUUUUUUUUGUCAACGCUAUCAGAAAACUCAACACUUUCACUAUCUUGUUUAAGAGGUGUGACAUCAA